GGUCUGAUGCGCGCCGACCAGUGCUGCCGGAGACAGGGAAGGCUGCAAAUGCAACUCUGACUCUGCAAUGCCGCGAAGAGUUGUGGUCAGAAGUAGCUCAGAGCGGAGCAGAAGCAAAAGCCGCAGCAAAAGCCGCAGCAAAAGCCGCAGCAAAAGCCGCAGCAAGAGCAGCAGCAGCAAAAGCCGACGGAGGAGCAGCAGCAGCAAAAGUCGAAGCAAAAGUCGAAGCAAAAGUCGAAGACGAAGCAGUUCCAGUAGCAGAAGCUGCAGGAGAAGCAGCCGACGCAGCCGCCGGAGCCGCGACCGUCGCGGAGGCCGACGCCGUCGCGAUGAUAGCCGCCGGCGACGCCGGCGGCGCGACAAGAGCCAAGGUAGCGCGGCUGGAGGCUCCGAGGCUUUUCCGGCCAGCGCAUUCGCGGGAUAUGGAUGGGGUGGGAGCUACCGAAACUGGGCGGCAUGGUCUUCAGGGGAUGCUUCGAACUCUUACUAUCAGUAUCAUUCCGCAUACCCAAACUAUUAUUCUCAACGUGACUACGCCACGGAAAAGCCGGAGAACUACAUGGCGUUUGUCCAACAGCAUGUGAGGGAAGGUGCCCACGGUCCAGAGGUGACCCUGAGCAACAACAUGUGUCAGGAUCGGCAUGUGGAAGACCUACUUCUUUGCAUCGAGUCCUGGUUGCUGCGGAAGUAUGGGGCAAGCAAUGUGCAGCCCUGGCAAAUUGGCAGCUUAGACCUCUCAAAGAAUGACCUCUCUGACGAGAGCGUGGCCCGCAUCGUCGAGCGGUUACGGCAGCUGUCCGUGCGAGUUCAUUCCUUGGAUUUGAGCUCCAACAAAGCUGGCAACAAAGGUCUUAGUGCGCUCGAGGCAUACGUUUGGAACUGCUCUGAGCCUUUUCACGAAAUCUCCUUGGCGGACAAUGAGAUCACGGUCGAGGCCAAUGCCGACGACAACGUGGUCUCGUCCUUCCUGCGAUGCCUCUACAACCAUCCCUCGUAUCCGCGGAAGUCAAGCUCCGACUCGACGGUGAUGCUUCAUCCUCUGGUGCUUUGCUUAAGUGGAAACAAGAUAGCAGAUUUGUCCCGCCUGCAGAAGGACAUUCAAAAGAAGGUGGGCCAGAAAGCCCGCUUCUGCUCUUCCGCAGAGGCAUACAAAGCCGAUGGAGAAGAGUUUCUGUCCGUAUACUUGGCAGAGCAUUUGCAGGCCAAAGGUGAAAAGGUGACGGUGAAGGAUUCAAAGGAGUCCAAGGAGGAAGGCGAUUCAGCUUGGCAGAGGAGGAAGAAGCGACGUCAAGAAGCUGAGAUUGCCACGGUGGAGGACGACAGUGAAGAGGAGGUUGCCACUGAGAUAGUCAGUGAGGGGGAGGAAGAGGAGGACAAGGAGAUUGAUGAGGAAGAGCCGAAAAAGAGCAAAAAGUCAAAGGACUCCAAGACAAAAUCAAAGAAGAAGUCCAAGAAGGAGAAUGGAAAAGCCAAGAAAAAGAAGAAACGAAAAAGUAAAAAGAAGUCCGAAGAGCCCGAGGAGAACGGGGAUGCGUCAGAAGAUCAGGAGGACACAUUUGUGAAGAAUGAGGAUUCCACGGAAGCUGCCGCGCCCAAUGAAGAUGGAGAGCAGCUGGGUGAGUUCGGUCCAUUGGUGCAAAAGUUUACUCCGGAGGACCAAGCGCGUUUGAAGCAGGACACAGAGCAAAAACUGAGGCUUAUGGAGGGCUUGUUGACAAGCAUUGGUGACAGUGCCCUCGUGAAACUAGCGGAGUUGACAGUGCGCUUGCUCAUGAGCGGGAAAAUGCCCAAUGAGAUGCUUUCUGAACUGAAGCCAUUCGUGGGCAAGCAGAAAGCUUCCGAACUCACCGCCUGGGUGGAGACCUAUUGCAAAUCUGAUUGGCUGAAAGAGAAACUGAGUGAAGCGCCUGAAAGUGAUGAGAAAAGUGCUACCGGGGCGAUUCAGAAGCUGUGCUCGUGGAUCAUCCAGUUUCGCAUGCAGCACCGGCCUACCAUGUUGGCACACCACCUCCAAAUUUUAGGUCCCUACAAAGACUGGGUUGACCAGGGUCAUGGUGACUUAAGUGCCAUGGCUAGAUCCAAGAGCCUGUGGGACAGCGAGCUAGUGGCCAGUGUGGCUUUCCGGCCUCAACGCUGUCGGCCUUCCAAAGGUCCUUGGAUCGAUUCCACCUUUGAGGCCAAGGAUGUGAAUUUGGCGUAUCGGCUGUACAAGUCCUCUGCUUCCAUCAAGGCUUUGCUGAUCUACUUCCACGCCAACGCUGAGCUGUGCACAGAUCUGGAGGGUGACGUCCAGAAAUUUUUCGAUUGUGGCUUUGGUGCCAUACUUUGCCCGGAGUUCCGUGGCUACGCCUGGAGUGAAGGGACGCCGAGUCUGAGAUUUCUAUAUCCAGACUGUGAAUGUUUGAUGAAGGCAUUGCCCCAAAUCUUGGCGGCUGCGGAGAUUGAGGCCGAUGUGCCCAUCGUUCUGCAUGGCCGGAGUUUGGGAACUGCUUGUGCCAUUCAUCUGGCCUGCAUGGCUCCAUCUGCUGGAGGCCUCAUCAUCGAGUCUGGCGUCAUGGAGCUAUUGAAGCUGCCUAUGGUCAUGCAAUUUGCCAUGAUGAUGCCGCAGCUCCUUCAGGCCUUGAAACAAGAGCCAUCUCCCCUGAAGCCUUUGGAGGAACUCAAGGAGGUGAAGAUUCCCACUCUUGUAAUUCAUGGAGAUUUGGAUGAGAUGAGCCCCAUUGAGCAAGCUCUGGCAGCCCAUCGAGCAUGUGGAAGUAGCGAGAAGAAACUUGUACGGUACCCCCGAGCGGGUCAUAACGACCUGCGACUGCUCGGGAAGAAGGACUACUUCCGUGAAGUCCAGAUGUUGUGCGAACGCGUUGUGUCCGGCACUCCACAGGUGGUUCAAGCCCCAGAAGCUCAAGGAUGGCUGACAUCAGCUUUCAAGUGCCUGCCGGGCAUGCGUCGUUGCUUUGCGAACUCCGCGGAGGAUGUGAAUGCCGAGACGCCACGAUGA